AUGGAUCUUUCACCUCCACGAAAGCGUCCGACGACAUCACGUGAAGCGGACGCCGACCCAAGAACCGAUUUCCCAUCGCAAGACACAACCAAAAGCACCGGUAGCGUCUCCAUCACAUCUCCGAAAAAAAAAAGAGACUCCGACCAACAAAGUGGUAUUGGUCCUUCUUCUGUGUACACUCAAGGCGACGCCAAAUGGCCUCCCGAAAAUGAAGCCACUUUUGUCAAUGUUCUGUUAGAUGAAAUAGUGAUGGGAAACCGUGUAACCGCAAAUCCGAGCUAUCAUGACAUGGAGGACAAGGUAUGUGUGCACUACGAUGAGUUGACGACUAUUUUUCAUGGGACGACUGCUACGGGGUCGAAUGCAAGGGCAUCGACUCAACGUGUGCCCGAGGGACGUGGUGAGCCAUCAGGAAAUUUCAGCCCCGAUGUUUUUACGCAGCAAGAUGAGGAUCCAAUGGAGACCCCGACAUCUCAUCGACGGCAUGGUGGGCAAAAUCGGUCCAUUCGUCGAAGGAGAAGCACAGAGUCCAAUUUCGACACCACCAUGUACUCGUGGUUCGACUUGAAUGUGUCGCUGAAAGAAAGAAACAACAAACCCGUAAAGCUAACAACGAUGGAACAGGCAAUGCGCGACCUCCAAGAUUGCAUUGGCGCAAUUGACGGGACUAUUAUACCUGUGUGGGUGCCAGAAGGACAACAUGGUUCCUACAAAUGUAGGAAAGGGUAUUUAGCGCAAACUGUGAUGUUGGCGUGCGAUUUUGACCUCAAGUUUACUUUUGUUCUAGCGGGUUGGGAAGGCAGCGCAAACGAUGCACGCAUUUUCAAUCAGACACUAUCGGAACCCAUAUAUAAUUUCCCCUAUCCACCGCCAGGUAAAUUCUACGUGGUGGACUCCGGAUAUGCACACAUUCCGGGUUUCAUGACACCAUAUCAUGGUGAAAGAUAUCAUCUUCCGGAUUGGUUGGGGUCUAACCAAUUGCCUGGCAAUGCUCGUAAGUUGUUUAACAGACGACAUGCCACUGUCCGUAAUGUUAUCGAACGCAGCUUUGGUUUGCUAAAAGGGAAGUUUCCCAUUAUAAAGGGGUUGAUGCCAAAAUACAAAGUUCAUUUCCAAACCGACAUAGCAAUCGCAUGUUGUGUCCUACACAAUUUUAUUCGGAUGCAUGAACCGCUCGAAAACAUGCCGCCUGAACUCAGCAACCCAGAAUAUGUACGACGACAUGAUCCAACUGAUCGGACUUUCCCUUUUAUGUCGAGUAAUAACUCCAACGUCGGCCCUGGUGAGCAUAGUGUGUUGCGUGACAACAUAGCUCAAGCGCUAUGGGCGCAUCGAAGAUAA